UAUUCAACUUUAUCAGAUAUUUCAAGUGUGAAGGCCUUCUUUUCUUUCCACAAAUUUGUAAUGUUAGAUUACCUAUUACAGCUUCUAUGAAAAGAAGAUGGAUGCUAGUUGCAACUGGUGCAUUGGUUUCUGGCCUGUUACAUUCCACUUCUGCAUCUGCUGAAGGAGUACCGGAUAAUUAUCGAGCUUUUGUGGAUUACGAGGAUGGAUAUUCCUAUUACUAUCCCUCAGAUUGGAGGGAUUUUGACUUCCUCGGGCAUGAUUCUGCAUUCAAAGAUCGUUUCGCAGCAUUGCAGCAUGUGAGAGUUUGCUUUAUCCCGACCGAUAAAAAAGAUAUUCGUGAUUUGGGUCCGAUGGAGGAGGCAAUUUUCGAUUUGGUAAAGGAUGUAUAUGCUGCACCAACUCAAGUGCCGACAAUCUAUGAGAUGCAGGAGCGUACGAUUGAUGGAAAGAACUACUGGACAUUUGAGUAUGAACUUACAUUGCCAAGCUUCUCCCGAACUGCUUUUGCGACCAUUGCGAUAGGGAAUGGUCGGUACUACACGCUGGUUGUCGGUGCAAAUGAGAGACGGUGGACGCGAGUUCGCAGCAAGCUCAAAGUGGUAGCUGACUCUUUCAGGAUGCUAGACAUAUGAAUUACGACCGAGAAUAUAUUCGGCUCUUUCAUUUAAUAAAUGAGUGAUUUUUUUUUUUCUUGUUGUACUGUAUAUAAUUCAUAUCUUCUUUUUCAAAUACCUCUUGUUCUACUUUUGCUCUUGUUCCAACUAAGCUUUUAAUGCUUCUUUCUUUCUUUUCUUUUCGACCGA